CUGCCCCGGGUCUCCGCCGCGCAUUCUUCGCGGAAGCCGCUCCAGCACCUUUGACCGGGACGUGAGAGCUGCACCUCCGGCUCGGGCAGCAUGGCUGAGAAGCGGCAUACAGGGGACGCCGAAGCCCGGCGGCUCCCGGACUCCUUCAGGGAUAGCCCCAGUACAGGCCUUGGGCCUUGUGGCUGGGUUUUGGUGGCUGUCUCGUUCUUGUUCACGGUUAUAACUUUCCCCAUAUCGAUAUGGAUGUGCAUAAAGAUCAUAAAAGAAUAUGAAAGAGCCAUCAUCUUUAGAUUGGGUCGCAUUUUACAAGGAGGAGCAAAAGGACCUGGUUUGUUUUUUAUUCUGCCCUGCACUGACAGCUUCAUCAAGGUGGACAUGAGAACCAUUUCAUUUGACAUUCCUCCUCAGGAGAUCCUCACCAAGGAUUCGGUGACCAUCAGUGUGGAUGGCGUGGUCUAUUACCGCGUUCAGAAUGCUACCCUGGCCGUGGCGAAUAUCACCAACGCCGACUCGGCAACCCGUCUUUUGGCACAAACGACUCUGAGGAACGUCCUGGGCACCAAGAACCUUUCCCAGAUCCUCUCCGACAGAGAAGAGAUUGCACACAACAUGCAGUGUACCCUGGAUGAUGCCACCGAUGACUGGGGAAUAAAGGUGGAGCGCGUGGAAAUUAAGGACGUGAAGCUGCCUGUGCAGCUGCAGAGAGCUAUGGCUGCAGAGGCAGAAGCAUCCCGGGAGGCCCGUGCCAAGGUCAUUGCAGCCGAGGGAGAAAUGAACGCAUCCAGGGCUCUGAAAGAAGCCUCUAUGGUCAUCACCGAAUCCCCGGCAGCCCUUCAGCUGCGGUACCUCCAGACGCUGACCACCAUCGCAGCUGAGAAAAACUCCACGAUCGUCUUCCCCCUGCCCAUAGACAUGUUGCAAGGCAUCGUGGGGGCAAAACAGUGAGCCGCAGAGGCCAACGCAGAGAUGCGCCCAUCCCUUCCAGGGUAGAGCGGGGACCAAAUCAGCCCUCAACCUGUAAGGAGAGAGGAGGGUGGGACCUCGACUAAAUAUUCCUUCCUCUCCUUUUCCAUAUGUUGACUGCAAGGUUCUUAGAAUGUGUAGUGAUCCUAGCAACAGAUAAAGAUUGUUAGCUUGUAAAUACUGAGAAAGAGAAGGGGUGUGGGGAGGGGACUACUGAUUUAUAGAAGAUAAUUUCUUACUCUUUAAAAUAUUUAAAAGUUCAUAUAUUUAGAUCAUUAUGUAAUAGGUUAAAUCCGCCUUCUUUUGACUUUUCACUGGGUCGUUCUGCACCCUCUAUCUGCAGCCAGGCCAAAGGCAAGAAAAUAGGUUUUAACCACCACUUGACACCCUGGCUGGACAAAUGCUUUGCAGAAAGCAGAGACCUUAGGCUACGACCAGCCUCUCUGGGCCAUACGUGCCUUACUCCUGGGGAAUCUUAAGGAAACAUCCUUGCCAUCUGUUUACUUUCUAAUCCCAGGCCAUGUUUCAAAAUAAUCCUCUCUGGGAGGAGGCAUUUUCUUGCCUGUACCGGCCAACACUGGAGGAAAUGGUCAAGAUCAGUGAGAAAGAUGAUCUUAACCCUUGAAUGACUUGUAAAUCCACCGUCACAAAAAUCCUUUAAGAAUAAUAUGUUUCUUUUUUUCCUCGAAACUUCUUUGAGCCUCUCUACGACCAAAUGAUUCCCCUGUGGUAUUUCAAACCAGCUAAAUACUUGUCACAAAAGUGCUUUUUCGGGCGCCUGGGUGGCUCAGUUGUUAAGCGACUGCCUUCGGCUCAGGUCAUGAUCCUGGAGUCCCGGGAUCGAGUCCCGCAUCGGGCUCCCUGCUCGGCAGGGAGUCUGCUUCUCCCUCUGACCCUCUUCCCUCUCGUGCUCUCUAUCUCUCAUUCUCUCUCUCUCAAAUAAAUAAAUAAAAUCUUUAAAAAAAAACAAAAGUGCUUUUUUUCUCACUUUUGCCUAUUUUCAUAUAUCAGGUUCUCAAUAGUUUGAUUUUUUAAGUGACACUUUCUCUAAGUUCUAUAAACAACUGUUUAUAUACCCAUUCGAAUAGCUUAAGGACUAAUACUUCUUUAAAAAAUGUCUUCAGAAAGCCAUUCUCUUUUACUGUCUGCACGCUAUUAACUCUUGUACACUGUGAAAUAUUUUGGUUAUCAGUCCCGUUCAUUAAAUACUGUAAGGAAUUCACAGUAUAUUGGGCACAUAAUAACCAAUGAGCUUGGCAAGACACUGUCAAACUUAGGAUAUACAUACGGAUCUCGGUCUUUCUUCUGUUUGCAGAAUCAUCUUUUUCUGUCACUAAUUUCAAUGCCUAAAGAGGAAGUGGUCAGCCCCUCUGAACCACAGUUGCUUAUUUUGCAGUAAUAGGAAGCGCUUUGAGUUUUGCAAAUGCUCUUGAAUCUGGGCAACCUGGCGUUCUUCCUGUUGGUCCGAAACCUGGCUGGGAGACAUCCCUCCUUGAGGAACUCAAGUUACUCAUUUUAAAUAAUGCUUGUAUCUCUUUGGUGAGGUGGCGACCCAUAAGGACCAGGAAACCACCCCUUAUCCUGGCUGAAAAAUCUCUUCUCAGCUUAGAGUAACCAAGCAUCUGCUCCUGGAGUUUCCCUGUUUACAGAUAACCAGUCUUCACCUCUCUGCCUUGUGGAUUCAUAGCCCAGUAGGGUGGGAUUAAAUUGCUUGAGAGGGAGGAAGCAUAAAGGGGUCUAGGUGUGUUGGUGCAAGAGGUUUUUCCCCCCAUGGCCUCCCUUUCUAAUGCUUUACAUAAUAAAAGUGUGCACUUGUACUCAU